CUCCAAAUUAAAAGAAAAUAUUUUAAGUUCAUAAAAAAUAUUAAAAAAUAUAAUUUCCCUUCAAUCCUCCUCGUUCCUUCUCAUUUUCUUUCCUCUAUUUGCUAUGUAGACAAAGCAAAUGUGUCUCUCCAUUUCCCUCAAUCCAAUAACAAAGGGUAAAAGUCACGCCUUUAGCUAUCGAAGACUGAAGAAUAAAGGGCUGAGAAGAGGGAGCUUCAUAAAUCGCAGCUUUCGUUUUUUGUAUUGAAUUUGAGUGCGCAAUUGAGUUUAUACUCUUGAGAAUCUUUCAGCUUGAUACUCUCAAUCCCUCCUUUCUUCUCCUCUUCAGAUGAAACAGCUUAAUGAUUGCUCCCAAUUAUAAUUCGUACUUUUGUGAACACAACCGGAAGACGUUGAUAAUAUCUGUUAUUGAUGCAGCGUGGAAGCUCUUUGGCAUCCCCUUUUAAUAGAACCUCUCCUCUCUUCGCUUUCUUCACCCAAAUGCCGUUGCUGUCAAUUUUUAGAAAUAGUUCCUAUACUUUCUGUCGUUCACUUCUCCUUUACCACAGUUGCUUAUUUGCCAGACCUGUUCACAAUAUUCAAGCCAAUGAUCUUUCUGUAACAAAGCAGAUUUGUGAAUCCUCUGGAAUGGCUACAGAUAAAGUGUCAGACAAAUCAAAGAAGAAAGCACGGUGGAUGUCACCUGAGGGACUGCUUAGAUCAGAGCUAAAUAUGUGCUCAAGGCAUGGUGAUAUUGUUAAAGCCUUUCACUUGUAUGAUGAGGCACAAAUAAAUGGGAUCCAGCUUAACCAACACCACUACAAUGUGCUGCUCUAUUUGUGUUCUUCUGGUUCUUCUGUUAAAUUGAAUGGAGAUGAGGUUGAUGCAAAUGCCUCUAGUUUGUGUUACAGAAGGGGUAUUGAGAUUUUUCGACAGAUGAUUAUUGAUAAAGUUCCUCCAAAUGAAGCUACUUUUACUAAUGCAGCAAGAUUGGCUCUUGCAUUGGAAGACCCAGAAAUGGCUUUUGAUUUGGUUAAGCAGAUGAAAGGUUUUAAUAUCCUGCCAAAAUUGCGUUCAUAUGGACCAGCAUUGUUUGGAUUCUGUAAGAAGGGGAUGGCUGAUAGAGCUUAUGAAGUUGAUGCACACAUGGUUGAAUCUAGGGUGAUGCCUGAAGAGCCUGAGCUUUCUGCUCUCUUAAAACUUAGUGCUGAUGUGAAGAGGGAAGACAAGGUGUAUGAGAUACUGCAUCGGUUGCGAGCCACUGUCAGGCAAGUUACAUAUUCAACUGUUGGGAUUAUAGAGGAUUGGUUCAAGUCUGAGGAUGCUUCAAAAGUUGGAAAGGAGAAUUGGGACACAAGCAAAGUAAGAGAAGAAAUUUUGAUGGGAGGUGGAGGUUGGCAUGGGCAAGGGUGGUUGGGGAAUGGGCAGUGGAGGGCAGUGAGGACUCAAAUUGAUGAGAAGGGUGUUUGUCAUUCUUGUGGUGAGAAGCUUACUUGCAUUGAUAUAGAUCCAAGAGAAACAGAAAAUUUUGCUACCUCAUUAAGCAAGUUAGCUUGCAAAAGAGAGGUUAGGACCGACUUUCUUCAAUUCCAGGAGUGGCUGCAGCAGCAUGGUCCAUUUGAUGCAGUUGUAGAUGGAGCCAAUUUGGGUCUUGCCAAUCAAAAGACUUUCAGCUUUUACCAGCUUAAUACUGUGGUGGGUAAGUUACAUCAAAUGAGCCCAUUAAAGAGAUUGCCACUUAUUAUUUUGCAUAGAAGUCGUGUAACUGGAGGUCCAGCUCAGAAUCCUAGGAACAAGAACUUGUUGGAGUUUUGGAAAAAGUCUGGUGCGCUCUAUGCUACCCCUGCUGGUUCAAAUGAUGAUUGGUACUGGUUAUAUGCUGCUGUUAGCUGUAAUUGUUUAUUGGUGACUAACGAUGAGAUGAGGGACCAUCUUUUCCAGUUGCUGGGGACUUCCUUUUUUCCAAGAUGGAAGGAAAAGCACCAGGUUCGAGUUUCUGUAUCAACAAGUGGACUUGCCGUAAACGUGCCUCCACCGUAUUCAAUUGUCAUUCAGGAGUCUGAAAAUGGUAGUUGGCAUGUGCCAACAAUUAAAGGCGAUGAUCUUGAAACACCAAGGCAGUGGUUGUGUGCUACCAGAGCAAGGAAAUAAACUACAUCCUCUCUAAAUUGGCAGGUUUUUGGCACAGCAAUGGGCACGAACAUGCAUUGGUGAGAUAGAUUGAGAGAUUUUAGUAAAGUAUAAUAUGCAUUUUCUGGUGAAUGCCAUCGUCCAGGUGUAUGCCAUCGUCCAGGUGUCUCGGUGCUGCUGUGAGAUUAGUUCUUUGAUGGCGCUGCUGUUAUACGAGGCUGCAACCUCAAGAAGGUUGCUGAAGACGAAUAUAUAAUGGCAAUACUUGACCGUUGCUUUCUCUUUGAAUGUUUUGGAUGACUUUCCUAGGUUGUAAUAUAUGUUACGAGUCUUUUUUUUUUCAACCACAAAAAAUCUUUUUUUUUUUUUUCAUUUUCCAGACCAUAUAUUCUGAUGAUGAUAAUUGUCAGAUCCAUUGGUACUGUCCCUGCUCCAUCUCAUUUGUUAAUUUUAUGGAAAUGCAAAUCACAAGGAAUGAAUUUGAAUUUCUUACGAGGUA